AUGUCUGAAGACCAAGUCAACAUCUCGGUGGUCACUUCCAAUGUCAACAACAAUGAUGAAAAUAAUAAUAAUCAAAAUAAUUAUUAUAGCAACAACAAAUCGGAACUGGAUCGACGAUUGAAACUCAAAUGGUUUUUCUUGGGAUUUGGAUGGUUGACCUUUUGCAAUUUUGCCAUGUCAUUAUUGUUGUGGGCUCUACUCUGUCCUUUGGUUUGUCUUCCAUGCUAUCGACAAUUGUUGAAGGUUUGCAGAUUAUCUCUUUUUCCAUUUACGUUAUAUAGUGAGCAUGAAGGCCUCAAUACUCAAUCCACAAGUGUGAAAUGUGUGAGAAGUACAUUAUUUGAACGAGAGAAAACCUCAAUGCUUAUUGUAUUUAUUAAUUUGAUGUGGUUUUUGACAUUUGGUUGGUGGAUUGCAUGUAUUGAAUUGUGUAUUUUUGUGAUACUGUAUUUGAGCUUUGUUGGACGAGGAUUUGCGAGACGACAUUUGGCUCUUGCCAAUGUGUUGGCCAUGCCAUUUGGUGUAUUCAUCAAGUAUUGA